UAGCGUAUCACGUGUUGCUUUCAACAAGAUUUAUGAUUCCACAUUCCAAUGAUUUUCUGAUUAUCAUAUUGCAGAACAAUGUCCAAAAGGUAGGUCAUCCGAUAAGUGCUUAAAUUAUUCAACCAGCGGAUUGAGCGGUAAGGUUCUCUUUAUCACCGGGGCCAGUCGUGGAAUCGGGAGGAGUAUUGCUCUAAGAGCAGCGAAAGAUGGAGCAAAAAUCGUGCUUGCUGCCAAGACUAAGGAUCCGCAUCCCAAGUUGCCUGGGACCAUUUUCUCUGUCGCCGAAGAAAGUACGAACACCUUUCGACUGUAAUCACUUUCAGUUGAAAAACUUGGUGGGAAAGCCUUACCAUGUGCUGUGGACAUCCGCUUUGAGGAUCAAGUACAAGCAGCGGUUGAUAACGCCAUCAAAGUAUUCGGUGGAUUGGAUAUUCUUGUGAAUAAUGCUUCGGCUAUCCAGCUCACGAACACCGCUUCCACAUCCAUGAAGUCAUAUGAUUUACUGAAUACUGUGAAUACUCGAGGUACAUUCAUGUGCUCCAAGCUGUGUCUUUCAUCCCUUAAAAAGGCUGUGAACCCACACAUUCUGACCCUCAGUCCGCCUUUGAACUUGAAUCCGAUGUGGUUUGGUAAUCACGUAGCCUAUACGAUUUCCAAAUACGGCAUGUCCAUGUGCGUUCUGGGUAUGGCAAGAGAGUUCCGUGGUUUUGGAAUAGCGGUGAAUGCCCUGUGGCCCCGCACUGCAAUCUACACGGCGGCGACCAAGAUGCUUGCUGGUGGGGAGGACUUCUCUUCACAAUGCAGAGUCCCCGAAAUUGUUUCGGAUGCAGCCUAUGCUAUUUUGACGAGGCCAGCCAAAGAUCCCAAAAACACGGGAAAUUUUUUCAUUGACGAAGAGGUUUUACGGGAAGAGGGAGUAACGGAUUUCGACAUGUACGCCAUUAAACCUGGUGCGUCUUUGGCCCCCGACUUUUUCCUGGAUUCACCAAAGACUCACUUUGAUGAUGCUUCCACUGGGACCGUUCCAAAGGGCUCUGUUGAGGCCAUUUUCGACAAACUUCAAAGUUUGUUGUCCGAAGAACAUGUGAAGAAUGUAGGUGCAUCCUUCUACUUCGUACUGACCGAUCCCGAACCGGGCCACUGGUUUAUCGACCUUCGGGCAGGAUCCGGGUGUGCAGGUCGGGCAGAGACUGAUGCGAGCGAGUUUGACUGCCGCUUCGAAUUGGGUAGUGACCAGUUUGUCAAAAUGUUCGAAGGAAAGGUCAUCCCCUCAAAAGCUUUUAUUGCUGGAGACCUGCAUAUCGACGGGGAUGUGUUUGCUGCAAUCAAACUGGAGAAACUCCUUAAAAAUAUGAACAAAUGAUGUUCUGUACAGCAGAAAACUAAAUUUCCUAUCAGACCUCUUCAGUACUUUGCUGAUUACAUUACUUAAUUGCAACUCUCACGCUUUUCUAUUAUUUAUCGUCCUGCUCAAGGAUCUUAUUCAGUUAUAUUUGGGAUUUUCAUGUUUUUGUACUGCCUAGCCUCGUUGGCCAUAUUCGUUUUUCACGGUACCAACCAAUAAACCAGGUGUGAUCCUCC